AUGAUUUAACUGUCUUCUGUAGAGAGAACAACCAUGAUAGAGUUGUUCUCUACAUUUUUUGAUCGCUUGAGUUCUCACAAUCCCUAGAGAGAGUAAAUGCUAAAAUCAUUAUACUAAUUUAAAGCAUUACUAUAUGCAAACGAUCCUGGAAUAGAAAAAUAUUUACAUGAUCUACAAGGGUAGAAGUCUCCACUCAAAAGAGACAACUCCUAAACCAAGAAAUCAAGCAGUGUUAGGAAAGAACAAGAACCAAUCAUGCGUCAUCCAAAGCGAAAAACAUUAGGAUGUGGACAUGAAAUUGAUGUUGUGGAUUCUUCUGGAGAAUGUCUUGUAUGCACAGCAUAAUCAGUAAAUCUAAUAUUCUAAAUAGCCUUUCGAUGAAUUUAAAUCAAAAUCUGCAAAUGUGUUUAAAGUCUUGCAAUCCUUAGACAAUGAUGAUUUCUUUAGAGCCUUGCAAUAACUAGAUGUAUUUCAUUCACUAUUACAUCAGGACCCUUUGACCAUCUCUCUUUCCAAGUAAAGAUGCCAAUCCUCUACAGGUGAACUAUUCAAAGACCCUAUGAAUUAUUCUAGAAUGGCAUUGGCAGAACAGCAAACCAACAUCCAACAGAUUAUACGAAAAUGUCUUCGAUGCAAUAAGGACAUCUAAAAUCAUGAUUCCAAAAAUAUUAGUUACUUCUGUAAUUCUUGCAAAAACUUUUGA